CGCAACCCGCAACCCUCAACCGGCAACCCUUCUGUCCAGAUUUAUUUGCGAGAACAAACAGGAGGCAACUACAUCCGUGCUUCCUCUCACUCUCCGUAGCACAUACAGAAGAAGACGAAGGAGCCCUCGAUUCCGAUCUGCUGAUCAAAAGAAUCGGUCAAUAUGGCAACCCUUAGGAAUCUGAAAAUCAAAACGGGCACUUGCAAGCGCAUCGUUAAAGAACUGCACUCUUAUGAGAAAGAGGUUGAAAGAGAAGCAGCUAGAACUGCUAACAUGAAAGAGAAAGGAGCUGAUCCAUAUGAUCUUAAGCAGCAGGAAAAUGUUUUGGCUGAGUCAAGGAUGAUGAUUCCGGAUUGCCAGAAGCGCCUGGAGACCUCACUAACCGACCUAAAAGGAACUCUGGCAGAGUUAGAGGAAACAAAUCAACAAGGCCCUGAAAUGGAUGAAGCUCGAAGCACUAUUGCCGAGGUUGAAGCUUUGUUUCAAAAGAAGGAUGCUUAAUAUUUCUGGCCUAUAUCAGUUAUUUAGUUUAGAUUCUUCUCAAUCCGCCUUACCUAUCCCUCUUGAUAACUCCUCAACUUUCUGUUUAGGGUUUGUAUCAUGUGCUAUACUUUUCAUGAUGUAGCUUGGUAUAUGAUGAAUUUUGUAAGCCUUUCAUUUUUGGUGCUGCAAUUGCAUCUCCUACUGCGUCAUUUAUCUCUA